AUGGCUAUUACUGGUCAUUUCAUUGAUGAUUCAUGGAGGCUUCAAAGUCACAUUUUGAGAUUUGCUUAUGUGCCUGCUCCACAUGAUAAAGAUGCCUUGUGUGGUGCUUUGGUUAAUUGUUUGUUUGAUUGGAAUCUUGAACGAAAAAUAUCAACUAUCACAGUUGAUAAUUCUAGCACAAACAAUGCUAUGAUUAAAACUUUAUUGGAUGAGAAACUCAAUAAAAAUGAUUUGUUGUUGACUGGUCGAGUAUUUCAUGUGUGUUGUGCUGCACAUAUUUUAAAUUUGAUUGUGCAAGAAGGGUUAAAAGUGAUAGGAGAUAGUAUUAGCAAAGUGCGUGAUAGUGUCUUGGAUUGGAUUGGAUCAGCUGGCAGAAUUGAGAGGUUUGAAGAAGCCGCAUGUUUGGUUCACUGUUCUUGUUAUAAGAAGUUGGAGUAUGAUUGUCCUACUCGAUGGAACUCAACAUAUUUAAUGUUGAGAACAGCUAUAGAAUACAAAGAGGUGUUUAACAAGUUGAGUCUAACUGACACAAAUUAUAAGUCGUAUCCAACUGAAGAGCAAUGGAGUAAUGCAGAAGAUGUUUAUGAUAAGCUCAAACUUUUUUAUCAUAUCACUGAACAGUUUUCAGGAACUCAAUAUCCAACUUCUAGUCAAUACUUUACAAAAGUUUGUGAAAUUAAACUAGAAUUGGAAGCUUGGGUGAAAGAGCUUAAUCCUUUGAUUAGCGAUAUGGCAUCUGCCAUGUUAUUGAAAUUUAAAAAAUAUUGGGAUGAUGUGCAUAUUUUGAUGGGAGUAGCUGCAAUCUUUGAUCCACGGUACAAGAUGAGGUUGGUAGAGUUCUUUCUUCCACUGAUUUAUGGUGAAGAAGCUUCAACUAAAAUUCAAGAAGUUCGAUCCAAUUGUUAUGAUCUCUUUCAAGAUUAUAAGAGUAAAUUAUCUGCUCCACAUGAUUCAUUAGCAUCUAGUUCUAGUGAAGUCACUAGUUUUACUCAGGGUGAUCGGCUUUCGAGCUUUGAUAGAUUUUUAGCUUCAACUGGAGCUACCGUGGAGAAAAGAUCAGAGUUGGAUAUGUACUUAGAAGAAGACCUACUACCUCGAACCCCUUCAUUUGACAAUUUGAGUCGGUGA